AAUGAUUAAUAAAUGAAUUAAAAUGAGAAAUAAAUUCCACACAUGAGAGUUGAACGUGGAACUAAGACCACAGAUCGUACGGUUAUAUCACCAAGAGACGAAUCUGACGAAACGGUCACAGCCUUUUAAUCUCUUUAAAAUCGUAGUUAUAUUUUUAUUAUUAUUAUUAUUAUUAUUAUUAUGAUCCCUAGAACAGAGCAAUUUACACUGAAAAAGAGAAGAAAUCUGUGUUUCUGGAGCCAACUGGUCAAAAAAUACUCCACCUUGUUUUCUUUCUCUCUCUCUUUCUGUCCCCUCUCUCUAUCUCUAUGUCUCGGUGUCUCUUUCUGUCUGUGUCUCUUUCUGUGUCUCUAUUUUUCUUUCUUUUUUCUCUCCCUCUCUGUCUCCUCUCUCACUCACUCACUCACUCUCCCUCACUCUCCUUAUAUCCUUAUCAGUCCAUUCUGAUGAUAUUGUUGUAAUGGUCAAAGGUCAGAGGUUCAGACAGACUGCAAUAAUAAAAUCCAAUCAGUUUGAAUCCAUUUCUUAUGCAAGAAUUCAUUUUGAAAAAAAAAUUGAAGACGUGUUGUUGGGAAAAUGGAGAACACAAACACCAGGUGGUCUAAUACGGGAACAAAAAAUUUGCAGCCACCAGAGGGAACCCUUUCCCGAGUUCUAUCUAUUUUUUUCAUGGACCAAUCCUUCUGUUACUGAAAUCUUUGCCUGCUCAGUGUUUAUGCCUCUUGCUACCGUUUUGGAUUUGUUUGCUCCAAACUUUAGUCGAAGGAAGCAUUAAGAAAACUCCUCACUGUGGCCUGAACUCCAUUCAGAAUGUGGCCAUUACAUGAACUCCUGUGUGUUUCUGUCCCACAGGAAUAAAUGUUUUGCAGAUUGAGAAAUUCCUGUGUUUGAGAUAAAGUGCAGGAAUUUGAUUUGAGGGAAAACGUAUGAACUUUUAGACAUUUCCAAACAUCAGGCCAAGUCAAAACUUUUUUCUCAUGUUGAUGGGAGAGAGAGCGAGAGAGAAAACAAGGUGGAGUAUUUUUUGGCCAGUGAGCUGCAGAGACACACAAACACAGAUUUCUCCCCCUAUUCGGGUCUAUUACUCAGUGUAACUUGCUCUGUGAGCUCAGUUUUAGUGAUCGUGUUGUGGCAGCACUAUGGUCUCGAGCGUUUUCUGGCUCUCGGCUCAGACGCUGGUGUUUAUGUGCCUCCUGAUGCCAAGCUCUGGGUUUCUGUUACUGCGUGAAGGAGAGAAAUGUGGAGAAUACAUCGAGGGCGCAUGUGAGAAAGGGCUCGUCUGCGUGCCUACUGAACCCUCAUCGUUGUUUUACGCUGUAGGAGAGUGCACCAGGGUUACGGGUUGUAACUGCUCCGAGUUCCAGUGUCCACCGUGGCCAAAGGAUCAAUAUUGCACUAUAGUGACUGAUCCGUGUGGUUGUUGUACCCACUGCGCCAGACGGCCAGGGCAGGUGUGCGGUGGCCCGAGUUGGAGAUACGGUAACUGUGAACAGGGGUCUAUUUGCACCCUUGUUGUGGGACUUGAUUCAGUCAGAGCUCCACAGACAGGAGUGUGCAAAGAGCUGCCAAGUCAUUUAAAAGACACCUUCUCUGCACCUCAAUGUCCUGCUCAAUAUGGCUGCAACGUUCAUGUUGGGAAUUGUGAUUGUUAUUCCGAUGACUCCUGUUAUGCAUCAUUCCGUUAUAGCACCUAUGAUGACUGCAAUAAAGUUUUAAUGGCCGACAGGAUGUAUUUCUCGUAUGACAGCGUCCCCGAAGUAGAGCCACCUGUGGUUGCGUGUACGGAGUACUCUUGUGAGGUUCAGGGCUGUGAGUGUGUGUGUCAGUAUAGAAAGUGUGACAGCAGGACACGUCCACUCUAUGAGACCGCCUGCUGUAAAAUUCUGAAGGAUUCUGGCUGCCAAAAUGCCUCCUGUCCUGAGAUUCCCACUCCGCCUUGUCCAGCAGACUCCUUCAUUAGUCAGCCCUACACUGAACCUGGUCAGUGCUGCCCCAGUAUACCUGCUCUAUGCACCUGCAACUUCAAAACCUGCGCUCCAAAACCCCAAUACUGCCCUGAGGGUGGAUAUCCCAGACUUGUUGCGAAGGGUAACGGCCACCCGGGGAACUGCUGUGACCGCUAUGAAUGUAUGAAAGAAGAGGAUUAAUUAGGACAUGGACACACGCACACACGCACACACACACACACACACACACACACACACACACACACACACACACACACACUGAUUACAUUCAGGGGUUUGUUACCUCAAGGAGAUCAGAGGAACACCACUGUGACUGAAUGAUUCAUCUCUGGUUCUGUCUUCUUUUAACAAACCUGAGCGACAUACUUUUUUUCUGAGUCAUUAAAUCUUCAGUGAUUAUUUUUGGAGACAAAUGUCUUACUCUAAGCUUUGCAUUUACACUUUCAAAAAAUAAAGACAAAGUGAAUGUCAA